GCAUCUGCAAGGCAUCUAGAACAGUCCCAAAACCAUGAUGAAAGCCGGAAUAGUUAUUGUUGUUAUGGCAACCUGUGCGUGUGCCUUGGCACAAACCCCUCUCUCGUGUGGUGGAAGUGACUGCGCAGCCUUCGACGUUCUACAGCGGGCAGAGGGCUACCAGCUGAGACGGUACGGACCAUCCAAGUGGGUGAGUGCACGAGGAGUGGUCAGCAGAGGCAACUGGAUGGCGGUCAAGAGGUCGCUGUUUCUUAAGCUCUAUGACUACAUCAAAGGAGCAAAUAACCAAAAUAUCGAAAUCCCCAUGACUGCACCAGUCUUGACCAAGUUGGAACCAGAAACUCCUAUGUCUCCACAUGGGGCUCUGACUAUGUUCUUCAUGGUGCCAUUCGCCCUGCAGGAGGAUACGCCCACCCCUCUCGGCCUUGACCUCACCAUCGUUAACUGGCCUGCACAAGAGGUGUACGUUAGCUAUUUCCCCGGCUUCGCUCGCAGGAAACAAGCUUUGUAUCACCUGUCCCAGUUGAAACGUGCCAUCGGCAACGCCACCCUCUACGACAACAGCUACUUCCUAAAGGCCGAGUUUGACCCACCCAGCAGAAGGACUGGCAGACAUAAUGAGGUGUGGCUGAUGAAGAACUAGGCCACCCCAGCAGGCACAGCGAAACCCAGUGAGCGACUAGUAGAGAGGACUGAAAACCAGUGAUGCAUGUAUCGCUGGUCCAGUUCAUUUUUCAUCAAAGAAAUCUGUAAUACAAGUUGAGGCGAUACGAUAUUUUAAAAAUACUCUGUUUCCCAUUGUGAUUUUGUGUUUUAUACAUAUAAUGAAGUUUUCAAAGAGGAAAAUUUAUCUGUUAACGUCAUGGAAAAGAAUUGUCUUGGUAAACUAUGAAAGAAACGUAACUUGAUAUAUAGGUGUUCAUGCUUAGCAUUUUGACAUCUUUCCAAACUAAUCAUGCAAUAUGUAUACAGUUAGACGUAUAAAGGGUGUGAUCUUACCGCCCACUGGAACAAUAAGGAAUACGUUUUGUAUAUAUCGUAACUGGCAGAUAUUUAUGUGUCAUAUUUGUAGGAAAUGUUCAUGAAUAAAGAUUAUUCCAAUGUG